GGAGUCCGGCCAGAGCAGCUGCCUUGCCCCAAGACCAUGCUGGCAAACCUGCUGGAUGCCAUCCCAAAUAGCUGCCAUUUGCUGUUGCUGCUGGUGGUGGUGCUUUUGUUGCUGUUCGCCGGUAACUGGGCUGCUGAAAACGUGAGAAUAUCCUGGGUAAGUAAGGCUCAGCCUUUGGACCCAGGUGAGAUCUGGGGUUCUGGUUCUUGGCACCGAGAACAGCAUAGCCUACCAACCGGUUGCUGCUGGACUCGCUGCCUCAAGUGGGAGAGAGUUCCACAGUCUUUACUACGCUGCAUGAACGAGGGCUGCAUUUUAUCUGCCCUCAAUCUUUCAACAUUCAGCAUUGUUGAGCAUCCGCGAGAUCUAGCAUUGUGAGAGAGGGAUAGAAUUCAAGUUCCAAGAAAGGAGAUUCCGACAAAACAUUUGGGAAAACUUGUUGAUGGGAAGAGCUGUUUGACAGUGGAACUGGUGGACUCUGCUCAGCUUUAGCUGAGAUUCCUGCAUUGUAAGGGGUUAGAAUAGAUGACCUUUGGGUCUCUUCCAACUCUUAAGAUUCUGUGAUUCUCCCUCUGCUUUCUCCAUGCAGUGCAUAACUUUAAAAACUUUUAACAAACUAUUCUGGCACCUCUUAUGUGCCUUUUAAAAAAAGUCCCAAAGGUUAAAUAACAACAAUGUAUUAUUUAUACCCCGCCCAUCUGGCUGAGUUUCCCCAGCCACUCUGGGCAGCUUCCAACAAAAUAUUAAAAUACAGUAGUUCAUCAAACAUUAAAAGCUUCCCUAAAGAGGGCUGCCUUCAGAUGUCUUCUAAAAGUUUGGUAGUUAUUUUUCUCUUUGACAUCUGGUGGGAGGGCAUUCCACAGGGUGGGUGCCACCACCGAGAAGGCCCUCUGCCUGGUUCCCUGUAAUUUGGCUUCUCGCAGUGAGGGAACCACCAGAAGGCCCUUGGAGCUGGACCUCAGCGUCUGGGUAGAACGAUGGGGGUGGAGACGCUCCUUCAGGUAUACUGGACUGAGGCCAGUAAAUGCUAAAACCUUUCUUCAUAGAAAGUAUGACUAAAACAACCGUUUAGUUUUCCUGGCUAAACAUGUUUAGCUCCCUCGGGAGAUGGUGGACCAGGGGCACCAACUAUGGGGGGCUGUGGGUGCCUGAGGUCUCUCGAGAUCUUGGAAGCUGAGUUUCGGUACCACUGGAAGUCAGGUUCCAAGGCCGGUGGGGAGGGACGUCAUGACAUGGGGCCCAAGUUGGCUCCCCUGUGGUGGAUUCUCCUUCCUUGGAGGUUUUUAAGCAGAGGUUGAAUGGCCAUCUGUCAUGGGUGCUUUUAGCUGAGAUUCCUGCCUCGCAGGGGGUUGGACUAGAGGACCCUUGGGUGUCCCAAUUCUACAAUUCUAUGAAACCAGCCCUCCCCUCGCUUGUGAUUCCUAGCUGCAAGGGGCUUUCAGAUGCAGAUCACCUCUGACAGUGGAGGCAGAGGGACAGAUCCAUCUUUGCACUCUCUUUGCACCGGCAUUUCUUCUAUCCGGACAAAAUGACCCCCCCUCUCCUCUCUCCCUCUGUGCUGUUCUGAUGCUUUCAGAGGAAGCAGUGAGGGCCAAUUCUUUAAAACAGGAUUGGACAAGUUCAUGGAGGAGGAGAAGGCUAUGGAUGGCUCCCAGCCCCAUUAGCUCUGCCUCCACAUUCAAAGUUGAGUUUCCAUUGAAAUGAGGCUGUAUUUUAAUGUUUUAAUGUUGUAUUUUAAUCUUGUUUUUAAGUUGUAUUUCAAUCAAUUUGUUUUUAUAUCGGGUGUUAGCCGCCCUGAGCCCGGUCUUGGCUGGGGAGGGAGGGAUAUAAAUAAAUUUUAUUAUUAUUAUUAUUAUUAAAGGCAGGAAGGCUUGUGAAUUCAAGCUGCUGGGAUCCACAGGAGGCAAAGGCGCUCUUGGGCUCAGAUCCCGCUUACGGGUUUCCCAUAGAGCAGCCCUUCUCAACCUGUGGGUCCCCAGAUGUUGUUAAACUACAACUCCCAUCACCCCUAGCUAGCAAGGCCAGAGCUCAGGGAUGAUGGGAGUUGUAGUCCAACAACAUCGGGGGACCCACAGGUUGAGAACUGCUGCCAUAGAGGGAUGUGGGUGGCCCCUGUGAGAGCAGGAUCCUGGGCAAGAUGAUGCAGCAGGCGCUUCUUAUGUUCUUAAGGGGAAAAAACUGAGGGGAACCUGAAACACACCAAGACUAACAGGGCCGGCACUACCAUGAGGCAGGGUGAAGCAGUGGCCAUAGAUGGCAAUCAGGGUGGGACAGAGCUCUGCCUGUGUGACAUGCAACCUGCCCUGCACCCACUGAACCAGGCCACUGUCCUCGGGGUGUAAGGAAGGAUGUUGAAAUAAGAUUCAGCCGUUUGCCCAGGAGGAGAAACUCCUUGCCUUUUGCUUCAGGCGGCAGAAAGCCUUGGACAGGCCCUGCAGACUACGAAAGGGAUUCAGUCCCGCUUGCCUUUUCCUCCCCUGCCUCUGUUGCCGCCUCCCUGCUUUGCCUUCAGCUCUGUUCUUUUCGCCUUGCUGUUCUCCGACAGGUUCCUCCUUGUCUCAAGAAGAAGCAGACCAAGCACCCAGCAGCAUGGAUAAGUAAGCAGCGGGCGCCCUCCCACCUUCCUGCCCCACCCCUGUGGCAGCCGGGAUGCUGCUGCUUGCGCCGCCACGCGGUUCAUGGGCUCUUCCUUGCCUUUCUUUGCAGCACCUUUAGAAGGAGCAAGAGACAUCAGCACAGACACGGAAGUGAGAUGGAACACAAGCACAGAAUCGGGAAAGAGGUGAGCCUCGAUUCCUGCAGUGCAGGGGGUUGGACUGGAUGACCCCGGGGGGUCCCUUUCAACUCUACAAUUCUGUGAUUCUAUGAAAAAUCAGACAGGCAGCAUCAUCUGUCCCAGUUCCCAAAAGGUCAUAGAAGUGUAAACACUGAGAGUCAUCUAGACCAUGGGUAGGCAACCUAAGCCCCGGGGGCUGGAUCCGGCCCAAUCACCUUCUCAAUCUGGCCCACGAACAGUCUGGGAAUCAGCAUGUUUUUUCAUUAGUAGAAUGUGUGCUUUUAUUUAAAAUGCAUCUCUGGGUUAUUUGUGGGGCCUGCCUGGUGUUUUUACACGAGUAGAAUGUGUGCUUUUGUUUAAAAUGCAUCUCUGAGUUAUUUGUGGGGCAUAGGAAUUCGUUCAUCCCCCCCCCCAAAAAAAAUAUAGUUCAUCCCCCCACAAGGUCUGAGGGACAGUGGACCGGCCCCCUGCUGAAAAAGUUUCCUGACCCCUGAUCUAGACGGACCACUAGCCUGAUCCAGCAUACUCUUAUUAAGUUCUUAUGCUGCUCUGCUUCUCUGGUUUUUCUUAGGUCAUGCGAGACCCUAAGCUUGCAUCGCACUCUGCACACCUUGGACAAGAACAUCCAGUAUCUCGCCUGGCAAAUGCAACGCAUCAGCGGCACGUAAGGAAAUCCUAGAAAACGGCAUGCACUUGCAGUCUGAGGGUCUUGCAGAUCCGAGCUUCCUUGGCACAGAGACGCCUUCACGCACACGCACACACCCCCGGAUGCCCUCCAGAUUAUUACUAUUUUAAUAUUUGUAUGCCACUCUUCAUGCAUAGAUCUCAGGGCGGUUCACGGCAGUAAAUAAAUAAUAAUAGUAAUAAUAAUAAUAAUUUAUUAUUUAUACCCCACCCAUCUGGCUGGGCUUCCCCAGCCACUCUGGGCAGCUUCCAACAAAAUAUUAAAAUACAAUAAUGCAUCAAACAUUAAAAGCUUCCCUAAACAGGGCUGCUUUCAGAUGUCUUCUAAAAGUCUGAAAGUUGUUGUUCUCUUUGACAUCUGGUGGGAGGGUGUUCCACAGGGCGGGCGCCACCACCAAGAGGGCCCUCUUCCUGGUUCCCUGUAACUUGGCUUCUCGCAGACAGGGAACUGCCAGAAGGCCCUCAGUGCUGGACCUCAGUGUCCGGGCAGAACGAUGGGGGUGGAGACGCUCCUUCAGGUCUACUAGGCCUUUGAGGCCGUUUAGGGCUUUCAAGGUCAGCACCAACAAUUUGAACUGUGCUUGGAAACGUACUGGGAGCCAGUGUAGGUCUUUCAAGACCAGUGUUAUGUGGUCUCGGCAGCCGCUCGCAGUCACCAGUCUAGCUGCUGCAUUCUGGAUUAAUUGCAGUUUCCGGGUCACCUUCAAAGGGAGCCCCGCAUAGAGCACAUGGCAGUAGUCCAAGCGAAAGGUGAAACACAAACCGAGCGGAUCAAUUUUCCAGGGGUUCCAGGCACAGGGUCUAUGUUUCCUUUUGGAAAUGAUGCACAUAAAGACACCACAGAUAUAUGGUUUAUUCACACAUAUAUACAAGCUGAGCCUACGAUGGAGGGCUUCACAGCAUUAACAUCCCCAAAGGGCCUUGCUUCGCCAAGCCACAGCCUUGGAGUCAAACAGAUAUCAAGCAUCUCUCUGUUUCUCUCAGGAAAGGGACCCCGAGGGUCAUCCAGUACAACCCCAUGCAACGCAGGAACCUUUUCCCCCACAUGGGACUCAAACCCACAACCCUGAAAUUAAGAGCCUCAUGCUCUACCAGCUCAGCUAUCUAAGUUCCCAUUACCUCACCAGGAAGCUAGCCUAGCUAUUCCGAGAAUUAGAUGUAUGCCAAGGCUUUCAGCCUAAUGCCAACUCAUAACAAUAUUUUAUUAUCUUUGGACUUUUGUCCCUCUGGGCAACGGUGCUUUGUGGUUUAUUUCUUUUUACCCUUCUGUUUUCUUUCACAAUGUUCUUCUUCUUGUUCUAAGAAAACUACUCCCUUUCCCUUAUGGGGUAUUCUAGAACCUGCAUAGCAUGGGUAGGCAAACUAAGGCCCGGGGGCCAGAUCUGGCCCAAUCACCUUCUUAGUCCGGCCCAUGGACGGCCCAGGAAUCAGCGAGUUUUCCAUGAGUAAAAUGUGUGCUUUUAUUUAAAAUGCAUCUCUGGGUUAUUUGUGGGGCAUAGGAAUUCGUUCUGCCCCCCCCAUAUAGUCCGGCCCCCCACCAGGUCUGAGGGACAGUGGACUGGCCCCCUGCUGAAAAAGUCUGCUGACCCCUGCCAUAUAGAGUCCUUUUGUAGGUUCUCUGUUAUUAGGAGAAAACAGCAGGGACCAAGCAGAGAAUAUUGAGAAGCAAAGCAGCUAGUAAACCUGAUCUUUAUUAAACUGCUGCAACAGGGUCCCCGCUCCCCACACACAGGAGGGAUAACCCUGAACAGUGGUGUGCAAGCUCUUAUAUAGACUUUUGAAAUUGCCCACCCUGUAGCCCAAGACCAACCCCCAAAACGUCAUACAUACAUCACAGGAGGAGGCUAUCUACAGUAGAACUCCUGCCUGCCAGGAUACCUGAUAAUGGUCACUGAUUGCAUUACCUGGGCAGCCUGGCCAUUCUUUUGUGAUGCUUAAUACUUUAGUUCCUGAAUCCAGGUCACAGGCUCACCUUAUUCAUACACAAAUACCCCCCUAAGAGAGGAUUUGCAAGUAAAAAGACAAUGGGAAGGCUUUCCCCAUUUGCCUCCCUUCCUGCAGGGGAAUAUUAGAGGUCACUGGGAGAGCUGAAAUGGCUUCAGGAUUGCUCUCCCGUACCUUUUCAGACACAUGGUUCAUAUAAUUAGAUAAGUGUGCAUUUAUGAGUACAGUCAUACCUUGUGUUGCGUUUGCUUCAGGUUGAGUGUUUUCAGGUUGCGUCCCGCGGCAACCUGGAAGUACCGGAAAGGGUUACUCAAAAUGACCGCAUGUGCAGAAGCAGCAAAUUGUGACCCGUGUAUGCGCAGACACGGAUUGCGUUCUGUUCAUGUUGUGAAUAGGGCUCCAGAACGGAUCCCAUUCGCAACCAGAGGUACCACUGUAUUCUAUAUUUGAGACCUUAAGAUUCUUGUAACAUUCCGUUGCUGGUGACAAACAAGACGAACCAAAAGAAGGCCUGUUCUGACCACCUUCCUUUGCCUUUCUGCCUCUCCCCUACCCUCUCCAGGAUCUCACGGACCCCGUCCAAUGUCUCCAUGGGGUCCGUCACCUCCAUCUGCAGCUGGGGCCAUUCCUCAGGAGGAGGAGGAGGAGAUAUAGAGGAGGAAGAGGUCGAAGUUGACACCACCUGCUACAGCUGGUCAGCAGUGCCCCCCUCCCUGGCUCCUACCUCCCUGAACAAAGCAGCGGCAGCCCCAGCAGCUCAUCUCCCCAAACCCCCCAGGGUGGUCUGCCACCAGCCCCCCCACCAGCCCCACCCCUGCCCCAAGCAGGACUCCAGCCUGUACCAGAAGCGGCUGCAGGGGCAAUGGGGGAGCACCACGCCCUGCUCAGACUCCACCACCAGGCGCAUCUGCACCCCCCCUCCCUGGCACCCCACCAACAAACACCCCAGCGGCCCGGCCCACCCACCAAAACCGUCCAACAGGAUCGGCUUCCUAGACUACAAGUCCCAAGAGCUGCUCAACUGGCACGUCCACACCAAGCAACGCCAGAAGGAAGAGGACGCAGUGCUGGCAAUGCUCUCUCGCCGGGACCCCAGCCCCAAAGGCAGGGCCUGGCUGGUCAGCCUCGAAGCUCCCAAAGGCGGGGUCCCUCAGUGGCCCGCCGGCCCGCAGCUGCCCACAGGCCAGAGGUCGCGCAGCCGCACGCCCCCUCAGCCCCACCCGGCAGGCCGCCAGAGCCCGCCCAAGACCCUCCACGUGCGCAGUCCGUGCCCCAGGCCCCCCACGCCGCCCCGGGAAGAGCUACUGACUCCCCCCAUCCUCGUAUGCAAGACCGUGAGUCACAGCAGCCUCCGGAGCCUGGCCACGGGCGAGGUGGGCAGCGAGGCUGCCAAGGAGGGCCUGGAGACUCUCCUUGGCCUCUUCGGCCCUGGCAAAAGCCCCCUGGCCAAGGAGCUGAGCAGACCCGGGACCCCCAAGGAGAAGGAGAGGGAUGUCGGGGGCAGUCGGAGGCCCCACAGCAACCCCAAGGAGACCAGAGCCGCCAGCCCGAAGGCCAGAGCCGCCAGCCCAAAGGCAAGAGCCGCUAGCCCGAAGGCCAAGCCCUUGGAGAUUGAGAUCAGCGCCACCCUGGACCGCAAGGUGCGACGCCUGAGCUGGGCCGACGCCACUGCACCCGAAGCCCCCAGGCCGCUGGCAAUCCGCGACAUGAUGAGCACCACCCGCCCACCAGUCCUGGACCCGUUAUUCAUGUGCCAGGCGCAGUUGGAGAUGCCCUGCUUGGCCCUGGGCCCAGCCAAGGUGCAGCAGGAGGUGUGCCAGCCUGCUGUGCCACCCGGCAAGACCCCGUGCCUGGCCCACGCGCUGGUGGAGUCGCUGGACCAGGACCAAGCCGUGCAGGACCUGCACCAAGCCCUGGCCAAGGGGCUGGGGAAGGGGCGCGGCCGGCCGUGUGUGGAGUACCCUGUCUGCCUGCUGUGCGGCCGCUGCACUCCCUACUGCCCCCACCCACCCACGCGGUACAGCCCUUCCCUGGUGGUCUACCCCCGGCUGAGCGUGCGCGAAGGCGAGGUCCACAUGGGGCUGGGCUUCUUGCUGAAGAUCAAGCGGUCCGAGGCCAACGAGUGGGGGCUGGUGUGCAAGCCGGACGCCUCCCGGACGCGCCCGGGCAAAGAGGGGCUGCCCUCCAAGCUGGACAGGAGCAAGGGCAAGCGGCGGAAGAACAAGGCAGCCGCCCCCCAGCCUCGAGACCCAGAGAAGGUUGUCCGCCUGCACAGGCAGCAGUCGGCAGAGAGGCUGGACAUGAGGCCUAAAAACCACGGCCGGAGCGUUCCAAAACCCGUCCCGCCACCGAAAAGGAAGCCCGAGCCGGAACUCCGAAUGCCGGCCCCCAGCACGGUGCUUGCCGUGCCCCCCAAGAAGCGCCCCAACAUCCUGAAGCGGCUGCUUCUCUGCAUCAAGAACGUCUGGGCGAAGGUGCGAGGCAAACCUGUCAAGCCCCCCAAGAGGCAGGGCUCCCCGCCUGCCCUGCCCAAGUCCCCCGAGAGGCCGUGGUCCCCUUCGUCCUCUCCCGACGACUCCAAGCCCCCAAACCACGAGGGGAUCUUGCUCCACAGGCAGGACUCUCUGCUCACAAAUAUAAAUGCCUUGGAGCCCAGCCCCAGGCAAAGUUCCCGGAGGGUGUCCCUGCAGCUCGGCACGCCCAAGGCGCCACGGAGCCCCCAAAAGUCCGGGGCGCUGAAGAAAUUGUCCCGGCAACCCUCCCCGGUGCAGUUCAAGAAGGCCUCGUCCAAGCAGAAAUCCCACAGGAGCAGCGCGCCCUAAGGGCCUCAGCAAAGGCUCUCAGCCCGCUUGCCUUGGCGCGGAAAAGGCUCCGUGGCCAGAGGGCUGGGGAAGGGACUCUCCCGCAGGGACCUUUGCUUUCCUUAUCCUCCUACACAGGCGGGACACAGCUGGUCUGUGUUGCUUCGUUCCAGGCUGCAAAUAAAUUGGCUGGACGUUUACAUCUCUGUUCU